AUGAUCACGGCCCCUCUCCAUAACAACAGUGUAUCAUAGGUGGCUGCAGGAGCAUAGGAAGCUAUUAGUACCUGGGCUGCAGCUGAUUACGUGGCCGAGGCAGCUCGGCAAAGAGAGUUCAAAAAUGAGAGCGAAAGCAGUUUCCGGGAAAGCCAUAGUAGUUCUCUGUGUGGCAACCUUUCUAGCUGGAUCACUGUUCAGCAGCCGGGUAUGGAAUCUGCAUUCAGAUAAUACUACAACAGAUGGCAGAGUGAAGCUCAGAGGUGUCAACAGUGAUUGUGAUCACAAGCGUAAACUUGUGGAAACAAAUACAAGAGAUAUCAUGGGAGAGGUCAAGAAAACUCAUCUAGCUAUCCAGUCGCUUGAAAAAACAAUAUCAACAUUGGAGAUGGAGCUGGCCGUUGAGAGAAUGAACCGAGCUGGAAGCAAGACAGCAACAGAAGGAGGAUCAAAUAAUAAUAAUAAUAAUCACAGCCUACACAAAGCUUUUGUUGUCAUAGGAAUCAACACAGCAUUUAGCAGUAGAAGGCGGCGUGACUCUCUUCGUGAAACAUGGAUGCCCAAAGGAGAGGAGCUAAAGAAACUGGAGAAAGAGAAAGGCAUAGUCUUACGGUUUGUGAUAGGACACAGUGCAACGCAGGGAGGAGUCCUUGAUAGAGGCAUUGAUGAGGAGGAUGCUGAAUAUAAAGACUUCCUCAGGCUUAAUCACGUCGAAGGAUACCAUGAGCUGUCCACCAAAACGCGCAUAUAUUUCUCCACUGCUUUCUCCCUUUGGGAUGCAGAGUUCUACGUAAAGGUGGAUGAUGAUGUCCAUCUGAACCUGGGAAUGCUGGCAACCACUCUAUCAAGGCACAAGUCAAAGCCAAGAGUCUACAUUGGCUGCAUGAAAUCUGGGCCCGUUCUCUCCCGCCAAGGAGUGAAGUAUCACGAACCCGAAUACUGGAAAUUUGGAGAAGAAGGGAAUAAGUAUUUCAGGCAUGCCACCGGCCAGAUAUAUGCCAUCUCCAAGGACCUUGCUGCAUACAUCUCUAUAAACUCGGGCAUCCUGCAUCGAUAUGCAAAUGAGGAUGUGUCUUUAGGGGCAUGGCUUAUUGGUUUGGAAGUAGAACAUGUGGAUGAGAGAUCAAUGUGCUGUAGCACCUCUCCAGAUGAAAUGUCAGGCUGUGAAUGGAAAGCAAAGGCAGGGAACGUGUGUGUGGCAUCAUUUGACUGGUCAUGCAGCGGGAUAUGCAAGUCAGUUGAAAGGAUGAAACAGGUGCAUCGUUCAUGCGGGGAAGGUGAAGGGGCUGUUUGGAGUAUUGAUAUGUAAUGAAAUUGAGAAUUUUUAGCACUCAUCAAGUCAAACUGAAACAAACGGAUGAGAAGAUUGUGAGAGGAACUUGUUACAUUACCAUUUUAAUAAUGCUUUCACUUUUGCACUUUUUUGACAGAAUUUUGGUUUUGUCAUUGGUCCAAAAACCUUGUUACCAUCUAGUAUAAUAAAUUUCAAGCUUUGUU